AUGGAUGAAGAAGAUAAGGAGAAUGUAAAUUCACAGGUAGAUCUGAGUACACUUGUAGCUGAAGUUCGCAAAUCUUCCAGGAACAUUAGACCUCCACAACAUUAUUCACCUGUUUUAAAUUAUCUCCUAUUGACUGAUGGUGGUGAGCCAGAUUGCACUUUUACUGUGCUUCUUGUGAAUCCAAUUAGGCCUCACAGUUGCACUUUUAUUGUGCUUGUUGUUGCUAUAUUCAUCAUUGCUUGUUUCUUUUUAAUGUACCCUUCUCCACUUUUAGAAAAAGAUCAUGCGAAAGGGGGGUCAGGUAUUCAGCCACUUCCAUGGGAUAUACGGCUUAAGAUUGCAAUUGGAGCAGCUCGGGGCCUGGCAUUUUUGCACACAUCUGAUAAGCAAGUUAUUCAUAGAGGUUUUAAAUCCUCCAAUAUACUGUUGGAUGGGUCCUAUUUUGCCAAAAUAUCAGACUUUGGCUUGGCAAGGUGGGGUCCAUCAGCUAGUCAAUCACAUGUGACAAUACGAGUAAUGGGCACGUAUGGUUAUGUAGCUCCAGAGUAUUUAGCCACAGGGCAUCUGUACGUCAAGAGCGCCGUGUAUAGUUUUGGUGUUGUUUUAGUUGAGAUACUAACAAGUUUACGAUGUCCAAUUACUAAUCCUUCUAUCUCAACAACGCCGAAGAGCAAUAAUAGUUCAAAAUCUAAUAGAACACCUCCAAAAUUCUCUCAUUUGGUACCAUCAUUCUUCUCCGCAGUCAAGCUACUAACAAAUAGUUCCAAAAGACCUAGACUCACAAUCCUUAAGACAGGAUUUGAAGUCUUGAUGAAAUUUGAAGUUAAGAAAGAAUUUCCUUUCAAAAUGCUAUUUGAAACGACUAACAAUUUCUCAAAUGAUCACAAGAUUGGAACAGGUAGCUUUUUCUCAGUCUACCAUGCAGAUGAUGGCCGAGAAGUGGCUAUUAAGUGCGAGAACGGUGCCUGUGCUUGUGAAAUUAACUUGAAAGCUUUGUCUCGCCAUAGUCACAAUAAUCUUGUUUGCUUAUUAGGAUUUUGUGAGGAUAGUAUCAAGCCCAUAUGGGUCUACGAGUACAUGAAAAAUGGUAGCCUUCAUGACCAUCUUCAUAAGCUUCAAAGUAGUCCUCUAAUGUCAUCAUGGGCUACCUGGAUUAAAGUGGCACUAGAUGCAGCAAAAGGCAUUGCUAAGGUGUCUGAAAUCGGUCAUUUUGUGAAGCAGCUCGUGGUAGACAAGAUGGAGCAUUUUUUUGAUCUGGUAGAGAUGGGAGCCUUGCAUUACAUGGACCCCGAGUACAGACGUCAACUUAAUGUGCAAUUGACAACGAAAACUGAUGUUUACUGCUUUGGAGUGGUAUUGCUAGAAAUUUUGUCCGGGUACAAAGCUACUGAUAUAAAUGGAAAUGAGGAGCUACAUAGCUACAUUGCCCAAAAUAAAAUUUGCAAGGUUUUGGACCCGAAAGUAUCACCACCUACUCCAUUUGAAAGAAAGGCAGUGGCACAUUUUGGGUCCCUAGCUUUGGAUUGUGUCUAA